GUGGCAUAACAAAAAAAGACUAUAAACAAAACCAAUCAAACAAAUCGUUUCAUACCGCCCAAUCUCAACUGCAAAAAAAAGCGUGUGAUGUAUCGACUUGUCCACAAUUAAAAACGAUGCUAAAAGAAAAACAAACAAAUGUUAAAAAUAACAAACCACCCACUUUUUUAAAAAGAUGUUUUUGCGCCUUAAAAUUACAAAAGUUAAGAAAUCGCCACAAGAAUGCUGCGACUUCAUUAGACCAUGAAAUUAAAAAACAAGAAUUUCCACCUCCGCCAAAACAAAGUAUUGCUAUAGAACAAAAAUUAUUACCUUAUGAAUGUGAACCAAAUGUAUGUAUACCUGGCCAAUGUGAUCCUUAUGAGUGCGAAAAACGCAUAAAAGCUCGUGAAUUAUGUAAUCGAAAUAAAUGUGAUAAAAAAUGUUAUAUGACGCAAGCAUCGCAAAAUAUAUGUACCCAGAUAAAAAAUCCAUGUUCAAAUAAAUGUAUUGGUAUAAGACCAGACGAGUAUAAAAUUAGAAAACAACAAUCAUCUUUAACUCGCACUGUAACAACAAAAAGAACAACAGUAAAUGAACCGAGAUAUGACACAAAUUUGAAUAAUCAAGCUGUAAAAAUUGGCUCGAAUUUUAGUUUUAAUAUAGAAUUUUACAAAAAAGGUACACCAACGACAACGCCUAUUGCACUUGAACGUAAGGAGCGUAAAAGUACUGUUGAAAAUGUCCAGGAUAAAAAUAUUAUCACCAAGUCAGCAUUUAGACGUAAUCAUGGAUCUCAAGCAAUGGCUACAUCCGAAGAUAAGACAUUAGAUGUACAAAAUGAAUUAAAUAGAUGUUUUUGCACUUUAAAAUUACAAAAAAAUAGACAAUCAAGAUACCGUAAAGAAAAUUUAAAUAUUUCAAGUAAACCCCCUUCGUAUCCACAAACCUAUGAAGUAAGAAGAGUGUCGUUUCAACCAAAUCCUAAAAUAACAACAAAGUAUAAACAUACGCCAGUGAGAUCAGUUUCGACUCGGAUAAAUGAAAAGUAUUUGAAAGAAAAUCAAAACUUUUGUCCGUGUAUAGAUGUUACAAACACAACUGAAAUGGAAACGAUCCUGCCAUUUGCACCAAAUAAAUUUAAAGACACCACUAGUAAGACGUUUGUUCCUGUACAAAAUGAAAAUAAAAAAAGAAAGGAAACAAAGCAAGGUUUUCAAUUAAACAAGAAGAAAAGUAAAAGACACUUAAAUUAUAAUAAAAAGUUGCUUAAAGAUCACGAAGGAAGUAUUCUUCCAUCACGAGUAAGAAGUGUUUCUAAUAUUAAAGAAUUUUUGUGCCGAUGUGCUGGAGUUUUUUCAAGAAAAGAGAAAACUAAUAAUGUAAUAAAUACUGCAAAUGAUAGUGGAAAUAAUCGUGAAAAUGAAAAUAAUUUGUAUAAAAAUGAACCAAUCUACUUUGACAACCUAAGGAGCUCUAAAAGUGAUCGAAGACAAAUUGUAAAUCAAAAUAUGAAAGUCAGAAAAUCAAAGAGUCUCAAAUUAGAUAAUCAAAAACGAAAUGAUAGGAAGAAGAAUAUUAAGGAAAGUAACAAAGUUAACAAAAACUCAAAAUAUGCUAAGGUACCUAAGGAUGCUGAUAAUACUGGUAUAAAUAUAUCAAUAAAACAAAAUAAAGAUAAUGACGGAGUAUUGUGUUCCCAUUGUAAAAUGAAAAUACAAAAGAAUAAAACCAGUCCACCAAAAGUACACUUUGAUGACAGAUCACCUAAGUUAGAUUCUCUCGAUGAAACGAAAAGUAUAAAGAAAUCAUUGAAAUCUGUGAAAAAACAACAGAAGAAAGAUGCAAAUCUUAAAGAAGAUGACAACUGUGCAAGUUGUAAUUCUUGUGGUAGGAGAUUUAAUAAAGAAGAGGUACAAAAAGCAGCAGGUGAUCGUUUGAUCGAAAUUGACAAAAUAAUGAAUCCUCAUAAAAUGAAAGAUUUGUUUAAUAAGCACAUUAGACAUAAAAAUAACACUAUAAAUACCAGUGAGCAACACGAAAUAAGUCCCUUAUUUGAAAUGCAAUUAAAUAGGCGUGACUAUGACAUUAUAAAUAAAGAUGAAGUUAUUGAUAAUGUUACUAAAUUAAGUAAAAUAAGUGUAAAAGAUAAACCAAAAUUGACUAAGCCUCAUAAAGAAUCUUGUUCAUGUUGUAUAUGCCGUCCUAAAAAAAUGAAAGGAAAUGAUCUAAAAAGACCAUGUACAUGUGGCAGUUUUAUUUGCUCUAAAAAAAGUCAGAAAAUGAAGAAAGAUUCACUAAAACACAAUUAUAUAAUACCCCGGAAACCAUGUGUUUGUGGUAGUCCGAUUUGUGACCGUGAAUCUGAAGCUAUGAGAACUUUAUCAUCUCGUCCCGGCAAAAUAACGUGUGUAUGUCAGAGAGAAAAAGAAAAGAGAGAAGAAAAACGCAAGGCUAUUAUUAGGAAAAAGCGAAACGAAGAGGAUCGUAUUCGUAGAAAAUAUCGAUUGCAACAAGAUAGAGACAUGGAAAAAAGAAUUAAUAAAAACUCAAGCGAUGUAAUUUUAGCAGCUGAAUCUUUAAUCGACAUUGGUAAAUUAGGAAUAACGGCUUGCGCUGAUGUCUUACGUUCUAUCGCCAGAAUGACUUCAGAUCCCAAGCAGGCUUACUCCACUCUUAAAUCUAUGAAAGAAGAUCCAGAGCUUAUAAUAAGUACUAUGCAAUCAGCAUUCGCGGAUAGUGGUGUUGCUGCGACGGCAAAACGGGUUAGAUUAAGAUGUUUAUCUAUGAGAGGUGUAAAACAAAUAAAAAAUAUACUAGAACAAUACGCAGUUACAAAUUUUUUAUUACACAUUGCUGAUAAAGACCCGAAACGACGAAUGCUUACAAGGACACCAAGCCGUGUUCGUGAACGACUUGACUUUGGUUGCAGCCUAUACAUGGGUUCUCUUAGAAAAAGGCCGUAUUUAUCAGUAUAUGACAGAUGGCCAUGGUUUUAUCCUCACUUUCUGGCUCUUCUCAACGUGUAUAGGCAGUUCAGGGAUAUAUUAUUAUUUUUACUAGCAGUUGUUGUAUGGAGUCCUUGUAUUUUCUGUAUGGAAGCUUGUCGAGCUAUAAUGUGUUGCUUUUUCUGUACUGGAUAA